AUGGGAAAUAAACGCAUAGAAGCAAUGACUGUUCUAGUGGUAAUCAUGAUGAUGUUCUCAUGGAAGAUUUGUGAAGCGGAGAGCUUGAGAAGACACACAUCAUCAUCAUCAUCAUCAAGACCACAAAGAUUUUUUAAGGUGAGAAGACCAAAUCCACUACAACAUCAUCAUAACCGUGGUUUCAUUGAUGAUGAUUAUCCUCCAGAAAGUUUCUCAGGAUUUUUGCCCAAGACAAUGCCAAUUCCACCUUCUGCUCCUUCCAAGAAACACAACGUCUAUGGGUUACAGAGUACUAACUCCCAAACAUAUCCAUGA